AUGUCCCUGACCUGUCGCCACGAUGUCCCCAUGGUGUCCCCGCAGGCGUUCAGCCGCGCGCACCGCAUCGGCCAGGAUGUCCCCGCGUUCAGCCGCGCGCACCGCAUCGGCCAGGCCAACAAGGUGAUGAUUUACCGCUUUGUGACGCGGGCCUCGGUGGAGGAGCGGAUCACGCAGGUGGCCAAGAGGAAGAUGAUGCUGACGCACCUGGUGGUGCGCCCGGGGCUGGGCUCCAAGGCCGGCUCCAUGUCCAAGCAGGAGCUCGACGACAUCCUCAAGUUCGGCACCGAGGAGCUCUUCAAGGACGAGAACGAGGGGGACAACAAGGAGGAGGACAGCAGCGUCAUCCACUACGACAACGAGGCCAUCGCGCGGCUGCUGGACCGGAACCAGGACGCCACCGACGACGCCGACGUGCAGAACAUGAACGAGUACCUGAGCUCCUUCAAGGUGGCCCAGUACGUGGUCAGGGAGGAGGACAAGAUCGAGGAGAUCGAGCGGGAGAUCAUCAAGCAGGAGGAGAACGUGGACCCCGACUACUGGGAGAAGCUGCUGCGGCACCACUACGAGCAGCAGCAGGAGGACCUGGCGCGGAACCUGGGCAAGGGCAAGCGCGUGCGCAAGCAGGUCAACUACAACGACGCCGCCCAGGAGGACCAAGAUAACCAGUCCGAGUACUCGGUGGGCUCCGAGGAGGAGGACGAGGACUUCGACGAGCGGCCGGAGGGCCGGCGCCAGUCCAAGCGGCAGCUGCGGAACGAGAAGGACAAACCCCUCCCCCCACUGCUGGCCCGGGUGGGCGGCAACAUCGAGGUGCUGGGGUUCAACACGCGGCAGCGCAAGGCGUUCCUCAACGCCGUCAUGCGCUGGGGGAUGCCGCCCCAGGACGCCUUCACCUCCCAGUGGCUCGUGAGGGACCUGCGCGGCAAGACCGAGAAGGAGUUCAA